AACCAAGAGCUGAGUGUGAGUUGCCUUGUAACAGAACCAGAGUCUGACAUGGCAGAGGAGGAACUGGCUCAGCUGUAACUCAAGUCUUAAACUGAAUAAAUGAACAAUAAUGGGCUCUCUUCUUUCCUGGAAGAGCUUUGGGCAUGGUUCAGUGAUUAAAAGGGAUUCCAAAAGGGCUGGAUAAGGACUUUGGACAAGGGCCCUGAGUGACAGGACAGGGGGCAAGAGCUUCCCACUGCCAGAGGGCAAGGUUGGAUGGGAUAUUAGGAAAAAAUUCUUCCCUGUGAGGGUGGUGAGGAACUGGCACAGGUGGCCCAGAGAAAAGUGUGGCUGCCCCAUCCCUGCAAGUGUUCAAGGCCAGGUUGGACUGGGCUUGGAGCAACCUGGGCUAGUGGAAGGUUUCCCUGUCCCUGUCCAUUGCAGGGGGGUGGAAUGAGAUGAGCAUUAAGGUCCCUUCCAGCCCAAACCUUUCCAUGGCUCUAUGACCUCAUGACUCUAUGACCUCAUGUCUCCAUGGCUCUGUGACCCACUGUGUCCUGGGGGUGGGGUGGGGCCGUUGCCUGGCAACGGGAGCUGUGAUGAAGAGGGGCACGUGCAGCGCAGGCCCCAGUCCUUCGAGGGCCGAGGAAGGAGGAAGGAGCCUUCUGGCGACUGACCCGCUUCCUCAUCGCUUUGGCUGAUCCGUUUGAUCAGGCUACUUGCUCUAUCAUUUUAUCAACCCCUUUGCUUAUCCCUGUUACCACCCCUAUUGGUCUCCCCUUUUAUCAUUCCUAUAGGUCACCCCUUUUAAAAUCCCUAUAGGUCAUCCCUUUUAACAUCCCAAUAAGUCAUCCCUUUUAGAAUCCCAAUUGGUCAUCCCUUUUAGAAUCCCUAUAAGGCAUCCCUUUUAGAAUCCCUGUAGGUUAGACAUUCUACCAUCCCUAUAGGCAUCCCUGUUAUCAUCCCUAUAGGAUAUACAGUUUAAAACCCCUAUAAGUCAUCCCGUUUUAGAAUCCUUAUAGGGCAUCCCUUGUAUCAUCCCUAUUAGGCAUCCCUGUUAUCAUUCCUAUAGGACAUACAGUUUAAAACCCCUAUAGUCAUCCCUUUUGGAAUUCCUAUAGGUCAUCACUUUUAUCAUCCCUAUAGGUCACAUAGUUUAAAAUCCCUCUAGGUCUUCCCUUUUAGCAUCCCCAUAGGUCAUCCCGGUUAUCAUCCCUAUAGGUCAUCCCGGUUAUCAUCCCUAUAGGGCAUCACCCUUAUCAUCCCGAUAGGUCAUAUAUUUUAAAAUCCCUAUUGGUCAGCCCAUUUGCCAUCCCUUUUGUGCAUUCCUGGCAGAUCCUGUCUGGGCAGAAAGGCUUUUGUUUUUGCAGACAUGGCGACUCCCUUGGACACUCUCAGCCUCUCCCAGCUGCUGGAUCUCGCCAUCGGGAUGCCCCAAAAUGGAGCCGUCCACUUUGCGGCCAUGAGGAAACUGCUGCAGGCCGUGCUGGGGCACCUGGACGUGCAGUACCUGACAGCCCAGGAGCCGUGGACGGGCGAGCUGAGUGGCCCCUCACUGGCUGAGUUGGCCAUGGGCAUGAAGGACAUGAAGCAGGAGAUGGAAUCCUGCAGGAAACUCAUAUCUGAGACUGUCUCUCAGGAGAUUGGUGAGAUAAAGGCCGAACAUUCCCGUGUGUCAGAGGACAUCAGGAAGAUCCAGGAGGCACAGGCUAUGGCUGACUCCAAGCAUCUGCAGGAGAUUGACAAGUUAAAGGCUGCACAGUCCCGCAUGGCAGAGGACAUGAAGAAGGUCCAGCAGGAGCUUGACCAGGCCAUGGCUGAGUGCCAGGAUCUCCGUGAGGAGAUUGACAGGAUGAAGGUGACACAGACACACAUGGAAGAUGACAUUCGGAGGAUGAAGGAGGCGCUUGCAUUGAUGAAGAAGAUGGAGGACGACAUCAGAAAGCUGAGGGAGGAUGUCGCCAAGUGGAAAGAAGAGAUCAGCAAGCAGAUCACUCAGCAAAUGGAGUGUGUGCUGCAGGAGACAAAGAGUGAGCUGAAGAAGAUGGAGGAGCAGCAGGAGAUGAAGAAUUCCAUGCUGGAGCAGCUGGUGACUGAGACAGCCAACCAGCUGAAUGCUCAGGACCAGCAGCUGCUGCAGCACAUGGAAGACUCAUUCAGCAAGAUUCAAAAGGAAUACAAGAAGCUCAGCUACAUCUCAGAGAGUAUCCAGACAGACUGUCAGAUGAAGCAGAAAGCUAUUGAGAUGCUGUUCCAGUCCUUGGAGAGGCUGAAGAAGGAAAAAGUAGAUGAGCAGAACAUGUUGACAGCAAUGGACAUGAAAGCGGACAAAGAUGCCUUGGGCAGCAAAGUUGAUUGCACUCAGUUUGAGGCGAGCAUGGAGCAAAUGGAUGGAAGGAUGCAGGAGAUGCAGGGCCAGAUGUCAGGACAGAAGCAGCACUGCAACGAGCUGCAGCAGAAGCUCAAGGACAUGAUGGAAAACAAGCUGGAUCGUGGGGAGCUGAAGUAUUUCCGAAAUCGGUUAGAGGAGAUCUGGAAGGGGAAGAUGGAAGAACUUGAGAACAGGAUCUUGGGUGACAGCGCCGCUGGGAUGAGGAAGCAGCUGCCAGUCCCUUUCACGUGCCUGUCCUGUGACCGCCCAGUCAAAAUGCAGGUUCCUGGCCCUUAUCCUGAGACACUCCCAUAUUUUCAGCCACUGCCCCCCAGGAAGGAUGCACAGCAAAGCCAAAGGAGACCAGUGGUCAAUGGCAGGGUCCCCCGAGUGCCCCAGACCAGUGGGGACCCUGAGAGAUUCAGCCACGCGGUGCAGCGCAUCCAGCCUUGCCCCCGCCUCAGUGCACAACUGCAGGGCCUCAUGACACUCCCCAGCAAGCCUAAGGUGGACAAGAUGGUGGGACAUUGUGGCCACAGCUCCCAGGGCCAGAAGGACCAGCCUCCCGUGGUGGAGAGCACACAGGAAGAGCCAGGCCCUUCCACCUCACAGGAGCAACGACCAGCCAAGACCCGCAAGCCCAAGCACGUCACGUGGGCACCACAGCUCACCCAGAUAAAGAUCAUCCCGGCCCGUGAGACAUCACCUCCCCCCAGUCUGCCGGACAGGACUGGGCGCCCAGCAGUGUCACCAAGGCCCCCUCGGAGGGCUUCCCAGGCCUCCAGGGCAGAGGUCUCGGUAGCUCUGUGGCGGCGUCUGAGUGCACCUGGACCUGCUCCUACACGGCCCGACCUGGCACGUCAAAUUAGAAGAGAGAAAAGUCAACAGCCUGCCAGAAAAUAAUUUUUGGUUUUAUUAAGUUAAUAAAAAACCGAUAAAAAUGCAAAA